ACAUCUGUCCCUGUGUCUGUCUGUCUGUCCCCUCAUGCCCACUUGUCUUGUCUGUCUCCAGGUCUGUCCGUCCCCCCUGUGCCUGUCUGUCCCCGUGUCUGUCUGUCCCCCUGUGUCUGUCCAUCCUCAUGUCUGUCUGUCCCCCCUGUUGCUGCCUGUCCCGUCUGUCCCCGUGUCUGUCUGUCUGUCCCCUUCAUGCCUGCCUCUCCCUAUGUCUGUCUGUCCCCCCGUGCCCAGUUACACCCUGUCUGUCCCCGUGUCUGUCUGUCCCUCCUGUGCCUGUCCAUCCGCAUGUCUGUCUGUCCCCCUAUUACUGCCUGUCCCCUGUCUGUCCCCGUGUCUGUCUGUCCCCCUGUGUCUGUCCAUCCUCAUGUCUGUCUGUUCCCCCUGUUGCUGCCUGUCCCGUCUGUCCCCGUGUCUGUCUGUCUGUCCCCUUCGUGCCUGCCUCUCCCUAUGUCUCUCUGUCCCCCCGUGCCCAGUUACACCCUGUCUGUCCCCGUGUCUGUCUGUCCCUCCUGUGCCUGUCCAUCCGCAUGUCUGUCUGUCCCCCUAUUACUGCCUGUCCCCUGUCUGUCCCCGUGUCUGUCUGUCUGUCUGUCCCCUCCCAUCCUGCCCGUCCCCGCCUGCCACAGUCUCGCUCAAGUUCAAGGUUCAAACUCCACCAGGGCCCGGUCAGGAGGCACCGAAACACCGAUCACCACCAAACACCGACCACCAAACACCGAUCACCACCAAACACCGAUCACCACCAAACACCGACCACCAAACACCGAUCACCGGACACCGAUCACCGGGCCCCACCGGGUCUGGGUCCCAGGCUCUGCCCUCGCCGCGGCACCGCCGGCAUCCCGACCAUGUCCACGUCGAGCCCCUCGGAUGCGGAGAGCAGCCCCGGCGCGCCGGUGACACCGCGGGACCCCGGGGCCGAGGAGAAGGUGUGCGCCGUGUGCGGGGACCGCGCCACCGGGUACCACUUCCACGUGAUGAGUUGUGAGGGCUGCAAAGGGUUCUUCAGGCGCUCCGUCCUCAAGGGUGUCCGGUUCAGCUGCCCCCUGGAGCGGCGCUGCCCCGUCACCAAGGCCAAGCGGCGGCAGUGCCAAGCCUGCCGCUUCCAGAAGUGCCUCGACACCGGCAUGCGGAAGGACAUGAUCAUGUCCGAGGAGGCGCUGAGGCGGCGUCGGGCGCUGCGGGGGCAGCGGCGGCCGGAGCAGCCGGGAGGGCUGACGGCUGAGCAGCAAGAGCUCAUCGCUGUCCUCAUCGCCGCCCACCACCGCACCUUCGACUCCAGUUUCUCCCAGUUCGAGCACUACUGGCCCGCCGUGCGCCUCUACGUCCCCAGCCCGCGACCCGAAAGCCCCGCCGAGGCCGGCGCCCCGGUGGCAUCGCUGCCGCCGGCAUGUCUGGAUGAGGACGUGCUGCCCGAUGUCUUCUCCAUGCUGCCCCACUUCGCCGACCUCAGCACCUUCAUGAUCCAGCAGGUCAUCAACUUCGCCAAGGAGAUCCCGGCCUUCAGGACACUGCCCAUCGACGACCAAAUCUCCCUGCUGAAAGGAGCCACCCUGGAGAUCUGCCAAGUGCAGUUCAACACCGUUUUCAACGCCGAAACCAACGCCUGGGAGUGCGGGCAGCACUGCUACACCAUCCAGGACGGCGCGCUCGCCGGGUUCCAGCAGAUCUACCUGGAGCCGCUGCUCAAGUUCCACAUCAGCCUGAAGAAGCUGGGGCUGCACGAGGCCGAGUACGUCCUGCUCCAGGCCAUGCUGCUCUUCUCACCAGACAACGCCGGCAUCACCCAGCGGGAUUUCAUCGACCAGUUCCAGGAGAAGGUGGCCCUGACGCUCAAGAGCUACAUCGACCACCAGCACCCCAUGCCCGAGGGCAGGUUUCUCUACGCGAAGCUGCUGCUGCUGGUGACGGAGCUGCAGACGCUGAAGGUGGAGAACACGCGGCAGAUCCUGCACAUCCAGGACCUCUCCUCCAUGACGCCGCUGCUCUCCGAAAUCAUCAGCUAGAGCCGGUGCCGAGCUCCAGCUUCCCGGCAGCACCGGGGCUCACCGCCCGCCAAAGAGUUUUACAGGGCAAAAUAAAGCUCCUUUAUUUU